AAAAGACAACACCAAUCUCCACCUUCACAAUAAUAAUCUUUGGCACAAACACCAACACUAACACAAACACAAACACAUGUAUCUCUAAUCUUCUCCAUACUCCCCACAAUCCUUGUUACAAAAUUGAAAGAAAUUAUUGUUACAUAUGUUAGGGAAGAGAAAAGACCAAUUAUGAUCGGAAAGUUGUCGGAGUUGUUAGUCGCCGGAGGCCGCGCCUCUGCAGUUUUGGACACCAUAGGGAGUCCAAGAAGCCCUUUGGACAUGAACUUGAAGAUGCAAUCAUCAUCACCAAAGGGCUUAAAGAGCUAUGACCUUGGUGGUGUUGGCCUAGCAAUUGUGAUGGCACUUGACAAAUCCAAUUAUAACAAAGAAGGUAGUGAGAUUUUGCCAAAACAUGCCGUUUCUGUUUGUACUACACCAAACAACAUGAACCGGUACCGGUCUAGGCCAAUCCCGGUUCAUAACGAAAAACAACACCAAGAUCAUCAUGAGACUGAUGUUCCAAACUCCGAAGAUUACACAUAUGUGACGUAUCAUAUACCUAAUAACAAGACCAUCACUAAGGUUUACUAUGAUGGCGGUGAAGAAGGUGCGAAUCUAAGACAUGGUUACAGGAUUAACGACAACAACAACAACUACUUUGGCGUUGGUAGAACAACAACAACAACCACCACCACCCCACCAACACAAAAUUUGGUUGUUGAAGGUGAAGCGUCGUUUCCCACAUCGGAUUUUCUCAGUUCAUGUCACCUUUGCAGAAAGAAACUCCAUGGCAAAGACAUAUACAUGUACAGGUAUUGAACAUGAAUCCAAAUCUUUACGUUGUGUUUGGUUUGAAAUACUAAAUAGGCAAUCAAUUUUAUUCUCAGAAUUUUUAUUUUAUUGUUCACUGAAUUUAGUUGAUAAAAUUUUGGGAGGUGGACUAAUUAUUUAUUUAUUUAUUUUGUGAGCAGAGGAGAGAAAGGAUUUUGUAGCCCAGAGUGCCGUUCAAGGCAGAUAAUGAUUGAUGAGAGGAAAGAGCUUUGUAGAUCAGAAGCUUCAAGAUCUGUGGAACUCUCAAGUUCACCAUACACAAGGGACCAAAUGUUUUCAACUGGGAUUAUUGCCCUUUAACCUUAGGACUAUAUAUUUAUGAGAAUUUAAACACCUUGGUUGUAAUAAUAAAUUGUAACCAAAAGGAAAAUUUUGAUCGGAAUAAGAAUAGUUAUAGAGAUUUCUAAUAUAGCCAUACUUUUUUUUUUUUUUGGGACCAGGAUGUAUACAGAGAACUAUGAACUUAAGAUCUCAAUUGCAUAGAUUUGGGUGUCUUCACUUCUUCUCAUCAUGAGUUUUGUCGAAGGCAUGAACAAGUUGAGACUUCAGAGUUUCAUUCUAUCUUUCAA